CUUCAUUUAGGCAUCCUGGCGUUUGCGUGUUUAGACGGCACUUACCUUCCGAAGCAGGAAAAUGAGUUCGUCCACAAAAUCGUGGAGGACUUGGAAAACUUUCUACAGGAAAACGACGAGAAAAGUGUGUUGCUUUUCCCUCCGCUCCCCAGUCGUCUUCGUUACCUGAUUCACAGAGCUGCAGAGAACUACAAGUCUUUAAGCACCUUUUCUGUCGGGGAGGGAUGGAGUCGACGGUCGGCUGUCUGUCACUCUGAACUGAGGUUGCCCAACGAAGAUGACGCUGAAGAACAAACCAACUUAAACCACAAGCACAGGGAGGCCAGGGAGAUGCAACGCUUCAGCAACAGCAAGCCUUCGGAGAAAAGAAACUCAAGGGGCCGGACCAACAAGCGGCCCGAUAAAGCCAUCUACGUUCCCAAGGCGCUGCAGCAGAAGAUGGAGAAGGAAGGCGACAGAAUCGCGGACCACGGAAACAAACCGGACAAGCCCCAGCUCGACACCUCCGAGAACAGCCCGAGCACCUCCGAGGAUUCCUUCACGUCGGGACUGUCCACUGAAACGGACGGGGAGUCUUCGACGUGGAACAAGGACUCUCCGAACAGCAGCGACUUCAAUCAAGACACGGUGUCGGACAGCACGGACGAGUCAGUCAGCGAGCAGGAGACCGCAGUGUCCGCACCCGCUGGCAGCAAUAGCAGCUGGAUGAAAAAGUACAGGCAGACGGCAAAUUACUUCAUUGCCAUGUCUUUAGAUGAUAAACAGGAAGACCAUGACAGGAGCGCAGAUACAGCCUUGAAGCAUGCGGAGGACAGUGAGGAAGAUUACGAAGGCUAUUUUCUGAAAGAGAUCACAGCUAAUCUGAAAGCAGCAGACAAAGUCUCCAUUGAGCAUGCCCAGUGUGACUACUCUUGCUAUGGAAACCCAAGGAUUGAGCCAACGGAAUUUGGCCACGUCAUUGAAAUAUAUGACUUUCCAGCAGUGUUGAAAACUGAAGAUAUCCUGGACGCGUUUGCAGAUUUCAGUGAAGGAGGAUUAAAAAUUAUGUGGGUGGACAACACUCAUGCCAUGGGAGUAUUUUCAAGUGAAUCAGCAGCAUUGCAGGCUCUCACCAUACAACACCCCCUGCUGAAGACGCGCUGUUUAUCCAAAGCAACCAAGCAAUCCAAAGGCAAAGCAUUAAGACGUGCAGAGUUCAUGCAGCCAGUGAAGCUGAGACCGCGCACGGAUACCGUGGUGGCAAAAAGAAUGGUAACCAGAGCGCUGGGCUUGCAGAAAAGAGGCAACCGAAGACAGAUGCUCUGAGGCUUCAAGAACAUAGAAACCUGCAGUAAAGGACCAGGGAAGCAAAUGCAAGAGAAAACACCACUGGCAUGCGUGAAAUAGACAAUUUCAAGUUCACAUAUGUUGUUUUUUAUUUUGGACAUACCAACACCGAUUGUCAAGAGUGGGCGUAAUAAAUAACGUUCCUUUAAAACUGCAUGAAGAAAUCUGUCGGGUGAAACCAAAGUGGAGCAAAAGGCUGCAGAAUCCAUGCCAAACGAUUCAAGCCUGGUUUGAUUGUUUGAGUGAGGCGUAACAAAGGGAUACUCUUUAAAAUGCAGCCAUUGCUACUGUAACCAGUUUGUUAUUUAUUGAUACCUUUGUUUUAUAGGGUUUUCUACCAACAUCAACAAAGGGAUGAUGCAUCUAACACGUUUGCAUCUCUGUUGAAAGUACUGAUACCUGUGGUGAAGAAUGUAGGGCCACAUUUAUUAGCCGUUUUGCAAAAGCACAAACUUGUGCAUCAUUUGUUUCUCAAAAAGAAAAAUAAUAAUUUAAAGAGAAACCUGAUCUGUACUGUCUUAUACCAGCUUCUUUCAACAAAUUAACGAAGACAGUAAACUCAAAACUAAUAAUACAUUUACCAAAACGUCUUGCAAAUGAAAUCUGGAAAUAGAAGAAGUAGAUCGGUUUUUGUGUAUGUGUGUGGGUGCAGUGGACAGUGGACUCGGGACAAACUGUUAACCUAAAUACUGUGAAUAUAACCUGUAACAGCGUACCAUGAUCUACUAUAGCAUCAAAUGCACUGUGUAAAUAGACAGUAACAUGAUUGGAUUCAACACAAAGUUUCAACAGGUUAUUAGGGAGGGUGUAUUGAUUACACACAUAUUGCUAAAGGAUAUCCUGUAAGUGAAUAAAUUAGUGGGUAAGAACAGCAUGCAAGAAUUCAGUUUGCAAAAUAAUUUUGUCUACAAGACUAACCUGUUUCUUACUGUGCUAUUCUCACAGACUGUCUCAGUAUUAUUCUAGCCAUCUAGGUAACAAACAAAAUGUGUUUUUGCUGCAAAGUAAUGAUUACAGUCAUGCCGUCAAUAGUCCUAGCUUUUCAAGAAUGGAGAAACGAUUUCUUUAUUGCCAGCUAAAUAAAAUACAUGGCUUAGGUUUUACUUUUAUAAAGUGGAUUUAAAAAAAACAAAAAACCACAAUACUUGCAUUGCAGAUGUAAUCAUUUUAAUUAGCGCAAUUUACAAACUAGCUACAUACAGCUAUUUCAUUAUUUUGGGUAUUCUUUAACUGUGCUGGGCUGUUUCAAAUUAGCACGUAGUUUGUAGACGCCACUGCAAACCAGUGUUUCUGAUCCUGUUCGUACAUCAAUAGCAGGCAGACUUUGAUUAAAUAAAGAUUUGGGCUACAUGCAUUAAAAAAACGUCUCCAUGUGAAAAAUAUUUGGCACAUUUACCACUUUCUUGGCUCCACUGCUGAUUACCCAGGAUAAAACAGGAUCCUCAAUAAGAAACGUUUUUAAUACUUGUGUGUUUUAAAUACGAUGUGAAACCAGACGUUGUAGGUUAAUCGAACCCCUGAUAAUAUCUAGAUGGGUUGUAUGCGCUAUAUUCUAUAUUGUUUUUAUUGUCUCCAUUUAUAUUAUGGUCAUUUUAAGUAGCAGUGUAGAACACUCUUAAUAGAUACUCAACUCAAAAGUGUUGUUGUUUUUCUAUUUGUUGUGUUUCAUCUGUUUGGGUGUGAUUAUUUGUUAUUUUUUUUGUGUACAAAUACAUUCCGAAUCCUACUC